AUUCAAGAAUGGCUCACUUCUGAAGUUGAUGCAGAGUCAUCACUGUGGAUGUGGGGACGCAACACUUUCUGGCUGUCAUUUGUUGGUGCCUAUCCAUCCUUCCCAAUGGGCAAGUGGCUGAUGUGGGAUCCUCGUAUUCCACUGGAGGGAUCAUUCAUUGAGGAGUGGUUAGAGCAUUUGAAUGAUGGUGGCAUUGAUGAAGAAGCCCUGAAACAGGACAAUGUAGUGAGUUAUAUUUGGAAUGAAUUUUGCACACAUGCAGCACUCUUCUAUCCCCUUCCCCUCAUUUCCUCUAGUGACUGA